AUGUUGCGCAUUCCGCGCCAUCCCAGACUCUAUUCCUACAUGACCCAGAAACCGCCGGUCAGCCCUCUGAUUACCAUCAUCGGCGCGACAGGGACUGGUAAAUCGCAGCUCGCCGUCUCUCUAGCGAAACGCUACAAUGGCGAGAUCAUCAACGGCGAUGCCAUGCAGCUCUACGCUGGGUUGCCUGUCAUUACCAAUAAGAUCACCACGGAGGAGCAGCAAGGCGUUCCUCAUCAUCUGCUCGGCUGUAUAGGGCUGCACGAACAGACAUGGGUGGUUGGGACAUUCGUCAAGAAAGCGCUGGCGACCAUCGAUGAAAUACGCUCGAGAGGAAAACUGCCUAUCCUGGUCGGGGGAACGCAUUACUAUACCCAGAGUCUUCUAUUCGAGGACCGACUCGCGGAAGAGGAUGAAGGGGAGCAGCAGAGCAAGUUCGUACCCGACACGGCAGAGAAAUGGCCGGUCUUGCAACAACCAACGCACUUGAUCCUUGAGGAGCUGAAGAAAGUCGACCCAGUCAUGGCGGAGCGCUGGCACCCAAAUGAUCGACGGAAGAUACAGCGUAGCCUGGAGAUCUACUUGCAGACGGGGAAGAAGGCAUCUGAAAUCUACGCCGAACAGCGAUUGCGAAAGCAGGAAGAGGCUGACGCAACUCCGAUCUCCACCACACGCUUUCCAACGUUGCUAUUUUGGGUGCAUGCCGAUGCGGAUGCCCUCCAGGCCCGAUUGGAUAAGCGCGUUGAUACGAUGCUACAACAUGGUUUGCUGGAGGAAGUGGAAACACUCAACGACUUCCAAGCCAACGAGGUGGCGAAUGGCAGAUCUAUAGAUGAGACGCGAGGCAUUUGGGUUUCCAUCGGAUACAAAGAGUUCAAGGCGUACUCGAAAGCUCGUCAGAAUCCCGACAUGGCCGCUGCGCAGCUGGAGAAGCUGCAUGCUGAAGCGGUGGAAAGAACCAAUAUCGCCACAAGGCAAUACGCCAAACGCCAACUCCGCUGGAUUCGGAUCAAGCUGGUGAAUGCACUUGCGGAUGCUCGGGUGAGCAACAACCUCUACCUUCUCGACGGCUCAGACGUGUCGUCGUUCAAUCAAGCCGUGGUAGAGCCGGCUUGUGAUUUGACGGCCCAGUAUCUCCAAGGAAAUCCUAUGCCGGAACCGACUAGCAUGUCUUCAACGGCGGAGACAAUGUUGACGCCGAAACGGGGCUAUGACUUGGCCGCCACUCCUGAGAAAUGGACAAAGCGGCAGUGCGAGAUCUGCGGCGUAACGUGUGUAACGGAGGAGCAGUGGGGGCUGCAUGUGAAGAGCAAGGCUCAUCGCAAGCUCAUGUCCAAGAGAAAGGCAGAGCAGCAACGACAGAAUGGGGAGCGAUCUUGA